UUUCUAUAUCGUAAAAAAUUCCUGAAAAAAAUAAUGUCGCUUUUGGUUUUAAUUUAAGGUUAGGCUUAGCAGUGUGGUUAAGGUGAGGGUUAAAAUCAAACGUUAAAAAGAUAAAUAGUAGAAAUAGGCGGGGUUUAUGACUUUGUGGCUGUUAUAACUAUACGACCAAAAUAGAAGCCACUUUCUUGUUCGUCUUUUCACUGACAGACCGAGGCUACCGGUUUGUUUCAAUUCACGCUUUGGGGCUUGAAUAAUUUCAUACGGAGAUACGCGCUAACACUGCAGCAUCAAGAUGUCGUACAUGCUACCUCAUCUCCACAACGGCUGGCAGGUCGACCAAGCCAUUCUAUCCGAGGAGGACAGAGCCCUGGUUAUUAGGUUUGGACACGAUUGGGACCCAACAUGUAUGAAAAUGGACGAGGUGUUGUACAGCAUAGCUGAAAAGGUGAAAAAUUUUGCAGUCAUCUAUUUGGUGGACAUCACAGAGGUGCCGGACUUCAACAAGAUGUACGAGCUGUAUGACCCUUGCACUGUCAUGUUCUUCUUCAGGAACAAGCACAUCAUGAUAGAUCUGGGGACCGGUAACAACAACAAGAUCAACUGGACCAUGGAGGACAAGCAGGAGAUGAUUGACAUUGUUGAGACCGUUUACCGAGGAGCGAGAAAGGGACGAGGUCUGGUCGUAUCUCCGAAGGACUACUCCACAAAAUACAGAUACUGAUUGGUUCUUAAAAUUGCUUUGUGUGAUGACCAAUGGGAGCGAAUCUGUCUUUUCAAUAUUAGACUUUAUGAACAGCUGGACUACAGACAGGCUCUCUUUUUAUGUUACUGACAAGUCACCUUUUUUCCAUCGCAGUUAUUAAAACCAGUUAACCAGUUAUCACAGCCUGUAUUCUCAGACCCAGAAUAAGGCUAGUCCUCGAUUUUAAAAAUAAAUAAAUCAUUCACAAUUAA